CCUUUUGCCUAACCAUCCGCAAAACCCUCAUUUCUAGAACUGGAACAAACUCACAGCGACUAUCCACAGUCCACAAUCCGGCGAAGUCCAUUACAAUUUCCGGCCAAAUGUCCAGGUUGUGGCGCGGUCUGGGAACGGUGGUUCAAACAUCAUCGGCGAACUCCCACCAUUACCACACUAUCCAAGCCAUCCCUCGAGAAUGUAUCGGCAGCCGUAUCUCGAGCCGCGAUAGAUUCCAAGGUAGAAUCCCCGCCGUAGUUUUCUCUCAGGGAUUGCUCGAGAAAAACCCUAACAACCGUUCUCCGUCAAGGAAACAACUUUUGACUACUGAAGGAAAGCAGAUUCGAUCCAUUAUCAAGUCGGUUGAACUCCCUUUCUUCUGUUCCACGACGUUCCAGCUUCAGAUCCGGGCCGGUUCUGGGUCGUCAGUCUUACUUGAAUCCGGGAGAGUUUUACCUAUCAAGAUUCACAGGGAUAAGGAUACUGGUAAAAUAUUGAAUUUAGUGUUUGUUUGGGCGGAUGAAGGGACUGAGCUGAAGGUUGAUGUCCCUGUAGUUUUCAAAGGACUAGAAGAUUGCCCUGGUCUUAAGAAAGGUGGCCACUUUAACAUGAUAAGAAGUAUUCUAAAGUUUCAAUGCCCGGCAGAACACAUUCCUCAAAAGAUUGAGGUGGACGUGAGCAAAUUAGAUAUUGAUGAUAGAGUGUUGAUGCAUGAUAUUGAGGUCCAUCCGUCCUUUAAGCUUCUAAGCAAGAAUGAAAGCAUGCCUAUAUGUAAGAUUGUGUCGACAUAUUUUGCAAAUCCAGAGCCUAUGAAGGUAUAGCUAAAGAAGCACGAGUCAAAACCAGAUAUAUCUUAUUAGAUUUAAAAAAACGAAGAAUUUCAAGAAUAAUUCUGAGUUCUUGAUGUGGUGCUUUGAGAUUUCCCAAUAGACGAGCCAUUUAACAUUUAUGAUUGUAUUUCAAACUGAGCUUGUGCCUUAAGCUGU